AUGAUUAAUGGUCAUUCAUCAUCAAUACAUACUUUCAAAGACUUAGAUUUCCUUCGAAUAUCUUUAUUAACAUGGUAUAAGUCUAAUGCUCGUGAACUUCCAUGGCGAAAACCUAGUGUUGCACCUCCGAUCUCUGUAUCUCAAGAAGAAUAUAUUCAUUCAUUGCAACGUGCAUAUGAGGUGCUUGUUUCAGAGAUGAUGUUACAGCAAACCCAGGUUGUAACAGUUAUUCCUUAUUUUAAUCGUUGGAUGAAACGGUUUCCUACAUGGGAAACAUUGGCAAUAUCAAAUCUUGAAGAAGUGCAAAGUCUUUGGGCAGGAUUGGGAUACUAUUCACGUGCAAAACGUCUUAGAGAAGCUGCUAUAUAUUUUGUGAAAUUAAAACAGGAAAAGCAGCCCAUUCCAAUAGAUGUUGAAAGUUGGGUCAAGAAUAUACCAGGAUGUGGUGAAUAUACGGCAGGCGCUGUACUGUCAAUAGCAUGGAAUAUACGCUGUCCGGUUGUAGAUGGAAAUGUUAUACGUGUAUUGACACGUUUACGUGCUGUUGGUGCAGAUUGCCAUAAAGGUGAAGGUAAACGAUGGGUUUGGGACUCUGCUAGUGAGAUUGUUGAUAAUCAAGAACCCGGGGAUUUUAAUCAAGCAUUGAUGGAGUUAGGGGCUACAGUUUGUACUCCAGUUAAUCCAAAUUGUGAGAUGUGUCCAUUGAAUAAAGAUUGUUUGGCUUUGAAAGAAGCAAAAGCAGUCAUAUCAGGACGUAAUAUAUUCCCUAAUAAUACCGUACAAAGUAAAAUCGUUAGUUAUGCAUUUAGUGCUUUCAAAUUGACUGUUAUAGAUUGCAAAUUGUGUCCUAUCGAAGAGUUUAAACAGUUUACUUCAAUAAAAACAUAUAUUUCUGGAAAAUACCCUAAAAAAGCAGUAAAAAAGCCACAAAAAGUAAAAGAAAACAUUGUUUUUGUAAUUAUAAGAGAAAAAAAUAAAAUAAAGGAAUAUUAUUUUGAAAAAAGACCUCCCAAAGGUCUACUUGCUGGACUAUGGGAUUUUAAAACAUUAUCGAUAGAAGAAUGUAAUAAUGAUAAUAAACAGGAUAUUGAGAAACAUGUAAAAAACAUGUUAGUUUCGGGUGAAAUAAUUGGUUUUCAUAUGAAAGGCGAUACAUUCCAUCAAUUUACACAUAUUAAACAAAUUUCACAUGUUUAUCUUAUUGAAGUGAGUGUUGAAGUGGAAAUCUAUGGAGAAGGCUGUUGGAUGUCAGAAGAUGUAAUGAAAAAUCAAAGUAUACCUGAAUUAACAUGGAAAAAUUUUAGACAGGCCAUAAAUAAUGAAAAAAGGAUAUUAAAUAAGAAAGUUAAAAGUGCCACUAAGCGGUUUAAAGUUGAUAAUAAUGGGUUAAAACAAACGACUCUUUUUCUAAAAUAA